UCUCGAUUUAAGAACUACAAUGGGUUCUUCGCGGCACUCAGUUCGAUACACGUUUGCCACAAGGCGUAAACAUGUUCGACCUAUUUCUCAAAUUUUGUCUAGUCUUGGUUGGACCUCUUAUAACCGAUGUAAGAGCUCCAACGCAAACACGCUUCCAAGAUGAGAAGCACUACCACAAGCCAAUUACACUCUCAGGCAAUCAAAUACACGAAUUGUCAGAUUUGUCAAAUGUCGGUCAUAUGGAAGAGAUUUUAGACAACAUAUGCGUAGUGAGGAUCGUUGGUACAUCGGAACACGCGAGGGUAAAAAAUUACAUUAAAAAAUCCAUGCAAGAUCUUAAUUGGACGCUAGAAUCUGAUGUUUUCGAUGAUCAUACGCCGACUUUUGGUACAUUGCAAUUUGAAAAUAUAAUUGCAAAAUUAAACCCCAAUGCAAAAAGAUAUUUGACGCUGGCUUGCCAUUACGACUCGAAAUAUAACGCAGAAAGGAAUUUUGUAGGUGCCACGGACAGUGCAGUGCCAUGCGCUCAGUUGAUUAAUUUAGCCAAAGUUAUGAAAAACCAAUUAGACUCGAUAAAACAAAAUGACGUCAGUUUGAUGUUUAUAUUUUUCGACGGAGAAGAAGCUUUUAAAGAAUGGGGACCUAAAGAUUCAAUCUAUGGCGCGAGACAUUUAGCCAAAACGUGGUACAAUAAUCAUACUGCUUAUGAACACGGAGAAAAUAUUUCUGAACUGGAUAAGAUUGACAUAUUAGUUCUUUUAGACUUGAUAGGUUCGCCGGAUCCAACAUUUUAUAAUUAUUUUAGUAACACGGAACAUUGGUAUUCUUUGUUAAUGGCUAUUGAAACUAAACUAACAAACUUAAAAAAAUUUGAAUCUUAUUCGUACGGGCAACCUAAACAAAGAUAUUUUCAACAAUAUUCCAUGGACAACUAUAUAGAGGAUGAUCACACUCCAUUUUUACGAAGAGAUGUUCCUAUUUUGCACAUAAUACCAUAUCCUUUUCCAACGGUUUGGCAUAAACCAAGCGAUAAUCGUGAUAACAUAGAUUUAAAAACGGCGGAAAAUAUUAACAAAAUACUAAGGAUCUUUGUUGCUUCGUACUUACAUAUUAAUAUUUAAUUAUCGAUUGGAUAAUGAUUAUUAUUAUAGUAGGCUUUAUUUUACUCAGCAAUAACCGAGUAUCAAAUGGAAUUGAAAUGUAACAUGACAAUAUUUAAGAAGCUAAUUUUAAAAAAUGUCUGUACAAACGUUAUACGAACGCUUAAUAUUAGUUACUGAUCAGCGUAAUGUCAAGUUUUGUAAUUUAUGUGAUUUUUGUAAGAUA